AAGCUCGAUAUCGUCACCUUUUUUGCAACACUAUCGACACAACCGUCUUUACAUCACCCGAAAAAGCAUAUCGAAAACGACAAAGAGCGGGAAAGAAUAUCAUCUGCGUAUCGUUAUUACCACCGCCCUCUUCGGUCGCUCCAGGCGUCGUGCGCAGCCAUGGCCUCCAAACGCAAGGCUUCUGGUGAUGCGACCCCCGGCUGGGAAACGCCGCUGUCGGGCGAGGACGAGGUCGACGAGGAACAGGUUGCUCCGGACGACUCGCUCGGUCAGGCCGUCCUCAAGAAUGUCGGCAAAUUCGACAUCGGCGCCUUCCCCUAUUCGCUUCCCGCCCGAACACUCGACUCGGCCGCCCGCUACUUCUUUCCGGAGCAGCACAGAGACUUCACCGCGCUCGCCCUCAAGCCCGACCACCAGGACCGACCGCUGCGCAUCGACGGCUGGGGCAAGCUCUACCUCGAGAACUUCCACCCGCUGGCCCCGCGCGUUCAGGACUUCCUCAUCACCGUCGCCGAGCCCGUUUCGCGCCCCACCUUUAUCCACGAGUACCGCCUGACCGCGCACAGCCUGUACGCCGCCGUCUCGGUUGGCCUGACGCCCAAGGACAUCCUCAGCACCCUCGACCGCUUCCUCAAGAACGAGAUGCCUCCCAACGUCGCCAGCUACGUCAUGCACUGUGGCCAGAGUUAUGGCAAAGUCAAGCUGGUGCUGCGCGACAACAAGUAUUUCGUCGAAACGGCCGACCCGGCCGUGCUGCAGAUGCUGCUCAAGGAUCCCGAGAUCGGCCCCUGCCGCGUUAUGGGCACUGAGGAGACUGUCACGGCCGCCCCCAAGGCGGGCACCAUCGCCAUCGCCGGGUCCAAAGAGGCCGCCGGCGCCAACGCCUUGCAGAGGAAAGAGGCGGGCAAAGACCUAUACGAGACGGCGGACCAGGUGUCGCGCUCGCUCGUCGACACGGGCAACGAUGAGGACGAACAGGAAGUGGUGCACUCGUUCCGGAUCCAGGACACUGCCGUCGGCAAGGUGACGGAGCGCUGCCUGGCGUUGCACUAUCCGGCCCUCGAGGAGUACGACUUCCGGAACGACCACAUGAACGCGGACCUGGACAUCGACCUGCGUCCAAACACACAGAUCCGACCGUACCAGGAGAAGAGUCUCAGCAAGAUGUUCGGAAAUGGACGUGCCAAGAGUGGCAUCAUCGUGCUGCCCUGCGGCGCUGGCAAGACGCUCGUCGGAGUCACGGCCGCAUGUACCAUCAAAAAGGGUGUAGUAAUCCUCGCUACCAGCACCAUGUCCGUCAUACAGUGGCGUGCCGAGUUCCUCAAGUGGUCCAACAUCAAUCCAGACAGCGUCGCCGUCUUCUCGUCGGAUCAAAAGAACACGUUUGAUGGAAACACGGGCAUCAUCGUCACGACGUACGCAAUGGUAACCAACGCUAGGAAGCGCUCGCACGACUCGGCCAAGAUGAUGGACUUUCUGAAAAACCGAGAGUGGGGCUUGAUGCUCCUAGACGAGGUGCACGUCGUGCCCGCCAACAUGUUCCGGCGCGUCGUUGGCACCAUCAAAGCGCACUCGAAGCUUGGACUUACAGCGACGUUGCUGCGUGAAGACGACAAGAUCGAGGAUCUCAACUUCCUGAUCGGACCCAAGCUCUACGAAGCGAACUGGAUGGAGCUGUCGGAGCAGGGGUUUAUUGCUCGGGUGCAAUGCGCCGAGGUCUGGUGUCCAAUGUCACCCGAGUUCUACGAGCAGUACUUGGCCGCGCCCCCAAAACAGCGGUUGCUGUUCUGCGCGACAAACCCGACAAAAUUCCAGGCAUGCCAGUAUCUGAUCAAGUACCACGAAGCACGAGGGGACAAGAUCAUCGUGUUCUCGGACGACGUCGCGGCGCUCAAAAUGUAUGCGUUCAAGCUGGAGAGGCCGUUCCUCUAUGGUGAUACGUCGGAAAGCGAGCGGCAGCAGAUCCUGGAGCUUUUCAGGAGCCAUCCCGAAACAAACACACUGUUCCUCUCCAAGAUUGGCGACACGUCGCUCGACUUGCCCGAGGCAACGUGCCUGAUCCAAAUUUCUUCGCAGUAUGGUUCGCGUCGUCAGGAGGCGCAGCGGUUGGGGCGGAUUCUGCGAGCCAAGCGCAGGAACGAGGCGGGCUUCAACGCCUUCUUCUACACGCUCGUGUCCAAGGACACGGCCGAGAUGAACUUCGCGUCCAAGCGGCAGGCUUUCCUAGCGGAUCAAGGGUACGCCUUCAAGGUGAUUACGCAGCUCAAAGACCUGGAAAAGACACCGGGACUGGCCUUCGCAACGGCCCAGGAACGGCGCGAGCUGCUCCUCAAGGUUCUUAACGACAAGGAGCACAAGGCCUUGGUGGAGGCCGAGAAGGCGGCGUUGGAGGCAGACGGAAACAUGUUUUACGGGACGGACGGCAGGCCGAUGCGCAGGGCGGCGCGGAGGACGGCGGGGAUGUUGUCGGACUAUGGCGGAGGCCAAAACAUGGCGUACGUGGAGCAGAACAGGAGUGCCAACAGGGCGCUCAAGGCCAAGGGCAAGGCCAACCCCACAAGCAAGUUCUUCCAGGGGGUGCGCAGGGAGUCCGAGAAGAGGCGGAAGGCAGCCUGAUAGAAUUUCUUUUUAGCGGUGCCGGCUUUUAUGUCUUCUUUUUUUCUAGGGUGGAGUUUGGAAUGAUGCCCAAGACGCGUGGCGAACAGGAGUUUUCAUGCUUAUGGCUGGUUUGGACGAUGCAUGUUUUCAUGAUAAUAUAUACCUAUCUCUAGCCAGAGCAUUAGGGGACUUGGGAUAGAAUGGAAGCUGUUGGCUCCUCCUAUUAGAUAGACUAACCUCCAUGACAACUGCGAAUUAGAGUUGAUUCCCACCCCU